AGUAAGUAAGUUACAGUCUCAGGGGGGGGCAGUGAGAGAUAGAGAUUUGAGGUGAUGCCACUGGGACACUUCAAGGACACACCCUCAGAUCAGUGUCAUUGUUCUGUCUGUUUCUGUGUAAAAGAAUGUGCAAAAUGCGACAAAAGGUUCUUGAAACCGCUUAAAUUGGGCUAUCAACAUGGAAAUCACUCCCCCACCUACCCCCUACCCAAAAAAGGUAAAGUCACCACCCACUCUGAUUGGAGCCUUUAAAUAUCUAAGCGGUAAUCCUCAGAGUCAGGCAAUAUCUGACUCUAGGGUGGACAGAAGAGAAAGACCAUGUCAGCAAGCAAGAUCAUCAAGUACCUGCUCUUCACCUUCAACUUUAUAUUCUUCCUGGCCGGCAUCAUCGUCCUCACUUCAUCUGUCUAUGCCAGGAACAACCAAGCAGACUACCAGAUCACCGACGAGAUCCUCCCAGGCGUGGACCUCUUGAUUUACGUCAGUGCUGUGACUCUGAUUUUUGGCUUCCUGGGUUCUUACGGAGCGAUCACAGAGAACCGCUGCCUGCUGGGCCUGUUCUUCUUGGGUCUGCUCAAAAUGUUCAUCCUGCUGCUGGCUGUGGCCGUGUUGGGAGCCGUAUCAAGAACAGACGAAGCCCAGGAGGCGGUGGAGAAACACUUGAAGCAGUUUGUCCCGCUGAUUGCACAGAUUGAGGACAUCCAGAGGUCGUUUCAGGACCUGGAGAGGAACGGGUUCUGCUGUGGUAUGUUUGUCGGACAUCUUGAUUGGGGUAACUCAACUGUGGUGCCCAGCUCAUGUAACUGCACAGAUACAACCAAGAACUGCACUAUGCUGGACGGACGUGCGAUUUACUCCACACCGUGCAUGGUGUACAUGAUGACCUGGAUGGACAGGGUGUCAGUCUCAGUCAUGGGGGCUGCGUUUGGAUUAGGUGGUUUGAUGAUUCUUGGGAUGGUCUUCUCUUUGGUGCUUAUUUGUAAGACCACUUAUGACAAAGGCAGCAUCAUUUGAACUCACAGAGCAUGGGAUUUAAAUGCAGGAAUGAUCACCCUCUGUGUCUUUGGCAUCUAUUUUGAACACUGACUCUUGUAAAAUAUUGCAUUUAUUAGCAGAAUUAAACUUUAUUUUGACAA